CAAGAGGGUGGUUCUCCUGGACAGGGAGUGACCAGACCGGUAUGGACUUUCAGUUUCAACUACAGAAACUGGCGCGAUGGAGCUUGCCAUCCUCCUUCUCAGGCUGGUUGUGGGCAUCCUGGCAUUCCCCGUGUACCUGCUGCACUUCCUGGGCCUCUGGAGCAGUAUCUGCAAACAAUUCUUUCCCCACUUCAUGGUGAGGUUCACUGCGACCUACAACGAGCAGAUGGCGAGCAAAAAGCAGGAGCUUUUCAGCAACCUGCUGGAGUUUGCGGGCACCUCUGGGAAGCUCUCCCUGCUGGAAUUGGGCUGUGGCACCGGGGCCAACUUCAAGUUCUACCCAUCCGGAUGCAGGGUGACCUGUGUGGACCCCAAUCCCAACUUUGAGAAGUUUUUGAUCAAGAGCAUCGCUGAGAACCGUCACCUGCAGUUCGAGCGCUUCGUAGUGGCUUCUGGGGAGGACAUGCACCAGGUGGCAGAUGGCUCUAUGGAUGUGGUCGUCUGCACCCUGGUGCUGUGCUCCGUGAAGGACCAGGAGCAGGUCCUCAAAGAGGUGCGCAGGGUGCUGAGGCCGGGAGGAGCGUUUUAUUUCUGCGAGCACGUCGCGGCUAAGCCUUCCACCUGGACCUACUUCUGGCAGCAGGUCCUGGAUCCUGUCUGGUUCCUUGUGUUCGAUGGGUGCAACCUGACCCGCGAGAGCUGGAAGCCCCUGGAGCAGGCCAGCUUUUCUCAGCUGCAGCUGCAACACGUGCAGGCCCCCCUCUCCUGGGAACUGGUGCGCCCCCACAUCUUCGGGUACUCUGUGAAAUAGUUUGGAGCCCAAGGCCUGCGGUGACGGGGCCCAGUGGCUCAAGGAAUGUUAAGCUUUCAUUUUAUAAUUACAUAAUGUACUAGUUGGGAGAAGAAAGCCUGUUUUUAGUUAAACUUUAGUAUCAUCCUUGAAGGUGUUCUGUUAUAUUCUGUAAAGCUAUAUUCUAUUGUGUCCCAAGGAAUUAAAAACAACAAAAAAAGCUUUGAACAUUCUCUUGAAAACAAACAAGAAGCAGUCACAAUUGAGAUCCAUCCGGACCCUUGUUCUGUGCUUUAUUCAGUAAUGCCAACUCCCUCUACCUCCCAUUUCUAUCAUUUAAAUUGUUAGCAACAGAUUUUAAUUCCAUCUCUUCUUUGCAAAAUUGGAGCUAAUCAACAGUUAAAUUGCCCCCCCCCCACCUUUUUAAGGGACAAGUGAAAAGAUCAGAGUCAUUCACCAAGUGAAUAAAUACUAAAAAAAUUGAAAAUCCAUGUCUAAAAUGAACAAACUUUAAACUUUCUGGGGGAAAAAAAUCUGUUUGGCACUCUUCAUGGAAUUAAGAUGAUAAGGAUGCUGUUUCCAGUUCUGCCCAAUGCUGUUCUGUCUUGUAUUCCAGGACUCCACCAAAGUUUAGUUUUCUGCAUUCUAAUCCUCAGUUCUUAAGAUAAAGAUUGUACUGGAUGUACUGUAUUAACAAACCAAACCCAAACCACCAAGCCAUUGCUGUUGACUGGAUCCCAACUCUUGGCAGCCCUAUAGCAGCACAGAGCUGCUCCCAUAAAUCUUUUUCAAUGCUGACCUUUCCAUUCGUGUCCAACUUCCUGGCAGCAAUCCUGUGGGGCAGGGUGAGGAGCUGUGGUGGUGCUGUUUGGUCAGACUCGAAGUCCCAAGGCACAGAAUACCACCUCUUUCUCCUGUAGGGUGGCUGUUGGCUUCAAACUGCCACCCUGCCAGUAGAUCACUUACCACUCUGCCACAUGGCUCCUUGCUUGACAUCUUAGACUCUCCGUAAUGCUAGAGACAAAUAAGGUUUAGGGCUCAUUUCCCUAACUGACCUUUGCUGACUGUAGUGGGUUGCAGAUGAGGAUGAGAUAGGGCCCAUGGUAACGGGACAAACCUUGUAUAAGAUGCAAUGUAAGAGCCACUAAAGACCAGGCAACCUGAGAAUAUAAAAAGAGGAAGUACAUAAGUACUUUUUGGAUUAUUCUGAUCAAAUUACACUUCUAUUCCAAGAUGAUUUCUUUGUCCUUUGCAACUAUGCAAACCUGUGAAAAAUAUUCUUAAGUGCAUUGAAAACAAGGGUUCGGUUGGUUAGUCAGAUGGUGUAACUAUAGCAGUUUUAAGAAUUGUAUGUAUCUUAAUAAAUUGGUUUUUUUCUGAGAUGAGUUUGCAAAGGGAUUGUUUUAAGAAUCAAAUUAAUAUAUUCCCAUUUAUGUUUGGAAUGGAAAUAAAAUAAAUGACUUACGUA